UGGGUGUGCUAAUCACAUCAUGUCAGCCAUGCACCACAAUGGCAUGCGGUACACGGUGCAAAGAAAGUCAAGCAAAUAAGACGCUGUUUUCCCUCUAACAAGGACCCAAGUAUGUUCUCACAUAAGCUGUUUAUCAGCUGCAGUAUUUUGUGUAUCCUCUACCCUGUUGUGAUCACUGCUGGAGAACAAAAUGCUGCUCCACACCCAUUUAACUUUGUAAAGUUUGGUAGCAUAUUGUCUCAACUAAACUGCAAUCCUAGCCGGUCAACGAUCUGUAACAGCAGUUGGCCUAAGCCAUUUAUAGGGAAACAUGUACGUGAUGUUACGACAAUUGUUCAGGGGCUUGCCAUAUUAGUGGGUUAUGCUUUCUCUUUAGUGAUGUCCUUGAUUUUUUUGUCUGUUGUCUUGCUGAGAUGUCGGGUAUCAACUAACUUUGGUCUGCAAAACUCAUCAUUUGAUCAAGAAAUAAUGCCAAUUAUUAUUGUAGUUUUGAUCAUGUUUCAGCUCUCCACAUUCCCAUGCAUCUGGCAAAGGCCCAGGGCCAUGCGUAGUAAACCAGUGAUUGUGCUCCCAUACUUUGAGAAAGGCUUCAUUCAGAGUGUAUAUACCGAAACAACAUCCAUAAUUAGACUUUUGUUGUUGCUAUCUGGAGAUGUUGAACUGAACCCUGGUCCUCCUCCUAGUGGUAAACGUAGCCAUACUGAGGAAGCAUCAUCAUCUGGCUACGAGACUGAACAUCUUCCUAUUAGCAACGGAGCAAUGAUACCGGAUUCAACUGAAAAAGACUCUUCGCUCAAUAGUGAAGGUUCAAUGUGUAGUCAAUCAGCACAGGUUGAUACUCAAUCUUUUGCAGGUCCUCGAAGUGCAUAUUUUAGUUCUAAUUUUUCACGUCCUGUGACCUCACAAAAUGGUCAUCGAUUUGAUUCACCUAAUAUAACUCAUCCCGACAAUUUAGAUUCUGAACCGGUUAGACCAAUAAGAAUGAGAAAAACCCAGACGUGUCCUGAUUUUAUGCCAAGGGGACUUACAAAUAAAGUGGAGUUCGAACAAAUGAUAAAAACCCUCAAGAAGCAGGCUCCUCUUCGUAGCUAUUCCUAUCCAAUGUCUUAUUCAGUCAUACAAAAUGCUGCAACAAAACAAUCCUCCGACUUGAUACUCCCAUCUCAAUCUGCUACUUUGUUAGAUCCUGAAGACCCAUAUUUGAUAAAGCUAAAAAGCCGUGUUAAAGGGUUACUUGAGAAUGUGAAAGGAUGGAAUAAAGAAAAUGGAUUCCAAACAAGCAUAGAAUCUGAAACAUUAAUUCAAUUCUACCUCCUCAUUAAUCAGUUAUAUCGAGCUGGGGGAGAGUGUGACUUGUGCUUGUUGUGCGGAAAAUUAAAAACAGGUAAAAUAGAUAGUCAUGUUUUUCCGAGAUGCUUACUAGAAGCUUUUAGCAAAAUUCAUUGUGACGGUGAAAGUAACUGUGUUUUCGAUCCAAGUACAGGAAAAUGUAUGGGUGCAAACUCAUUAACACUACCACUUUUCUGUAGUAGCUGUGAAAUGGAUGCUUGUGAUAACGAAUGUCGUCUUAAAAACCUUUACAUUACAAUUAUGGCAAAAGGAGACAAGCAGAUAAAGAUUACUGACGAUCAGGUUCAAUGGUUAAAGAAAAUUUUAGCUAUUCUAAUGUUUCGAGGAUGCCUUACAGGGAUAAACUUUUUAGUAGAACAAAAUUUCUUCAAGCUAAUUAAAUGGCUCAUUGCAUUGCGCAAGUUUAUUCGUAGUGGUGAAGAUGACAUUUCUAAACGCCUUGCUUUAUAUUUGAUUCCAAACAACCCAUUUAAUCCCAACAAUGCUGAUCCCUCCUACAUUCUUGAUUUUGUUCUGAGAUGCCCGAGCUUCACCUCACUAGUACGAAGCAAAGGUCGAACGUUCUUCUACACCCAGUUUGAUUGUUUUCACUGUGUAUUACCUUUCGAUGAUGUGGAACAAAAGUUUGCUUGCGAUGCAUCAAUGACUCACGUAACAAAUUGUUUUUUCACACAUAGUCCAUCAAAUGUUUUUUACCUACCUUCUUCUGAAGCAAUGAAGCGCAAUUUCCCUUCAUUGUUACUUCAAGUUAAUUGCUGGAGAACAUUAGAAAUGGAAAUAAUUCUUCUUAGAAAUCAACACAUCGGGAAGUGUUGUCGUAUAGUAACACCUCGUUUUCCCAAUAGAAGUUCAUAUAAUCCAGUUUUGCCAAACAUUACUUGGCCAAAUGAAUUACGUAAUAAUGAAGUUCAUAAUUUUGAUGAUCAACUUGACAAGGCUACUCAAAAUGAAUAUAUAAGGAUUGCUCACGAUUCGUCUCCUUUUGUUUCUAAUCAAAUAAAAGAAAUUAGAGAUUUGAUUAAUGGUAAGGCAGCAGUAAUUGAGCAAAAAAGAAAUCUUCAAAGUCAAUAUGACAAGCUAAAGAAUAAGUACAAAAAAAAAAUCAGGAAACCCAACAGCUUGAGAAACACAUUUCUGAACUAACAAAGGAAAACAAAUGGCUUAAGCAACGUGUUUCUGGACUAGAAAAGAAUUCUGAAACAACAUCCAACGAUUAUACAAAUCAACCUACAUUAGCAGUUGUGCCACAACAGUCAAGUGAUAGUAUGGCUUCUGCAAAUAAUGGUGGAGAUCUGCCUGCUCCUCUGAUUGAUACUCUAGCCCCACUUCCACAACUCAUUGCAGGAAGGGUGCAACCACCACCUCCUGGUGGUCCAGGUGCUCCAUCCCCUUCCUCUGUGAAAUCCUUAAGGCGUCAACUGGAUUUUGAAGCUGCUAGGGAAGAACUAAGGGGAGAACAUCAACAUCAACCUACUUUUGUUGUGGAGCCAAUUGAUUUCAUGGCUUCUGCAACUAUUGAAAACGAACUCCCUUUUCAAACCAGUCAAGAUUUAGCAACUCUAUCUCCAUUACCACCUGGACCAGCAGCUGCCCUUCCUGAUUUCUUAAAAAAGAAUUAACGAAGACAGAAGAAUAAAAAUAUAGAACCUCACAAGAAUAAACGGACUUAUUUAGUAACCAUUUUUUCAUCUUCGAGAUCACAGUCAAUUUAUCUCCGUCAGUAGAUCUAUAGUUAUAAUUAUGUACUCGGUAGGCCUUGGCGGAUUUUGCUCAAUUGGUUACCUAGUUUCUUGUUAUUCUGCUCUUUUUCUUUUUCAUCUACAUGUACCUAUAUUUUCUUUAUGCUUAUACUAUCAAUAAUUUGUAGGAUG